UGGACGUGGAAACGGCUAGAGAAGCAUGAUUUUAUGUUCUUACUGAGUUUACAGUGUUUCACUGUGCGGGUUUUAAUUUCAGGAUAGAACAAUGUCUAAAAGAAGUCAGCCUAUUUGGUCACGGCCGUUAAAAAAUGAAGAAAGGCCAGUGUUACGGUUAUACAACAGUUUAUCGCGGCAAAAGGAGGUAUUCGUAUGCUCCAAUGGCAACAGGGUCAACUGGUACACCUGUGGGCCCACUGUCUACGAUGCCUCCCACAUGGGGCAUGCCAGAUCAUAUAUAUCGUUUGACAUUCUCAGACGAGUAAUGUCUAAUUAUUUUGGACUGGACAUUCUGUAUGUGAUGAACAUUACAGACAUUGAUGACAAAAUCAUCAAAAGGGCAAGACAGAACCAUUUAUAUGAAAAGUAUGCAAAAGAAGAGAGAGAUUUGAGUAAAACAAUAGAUGAUGCAACUACAGUUGUGAAUUACUAUGAGAACAUUGUCAAAACUACUGGCGACCCAGAUAAAAAGAUUGCCAUGCAAAAAAUGUUAGACAGUGUAGCAACUGCAGUUCAGGAUCUCAAGUUAGCAGUAGAAUGUAAAAAAGAUGACAAGAUCUCUGAAGCAAAGAAUGCAUUGCUAACAUCAGCAAAAGACCCAAUAUCAGAGUGGUUAGAUAGCCAGUUUGGUAGCACAGUCACAGAUAAUGCAAUAUUCACCACGUUACCAAGAUAUUGGGAAAAUGAGUUUCAUAAAGAUAUGAAAGCUUUAAAUGUCCUACCCCCAGAUGUAUUAACAAGAGUUAGUGAAUAUGUACCACAGAUUGUUAAGUUUAUAGAGAAGAUCAUUGAAAAUGGUCUAGCUUAUGAAUCAAAGGGCUCAGUGUAUUUCAAUGUGAGCGAGUUUGAGUGCAAGAAGCACCAUCACUAUGCCCGCCUGGUGCCUGAAGCGUAUGGAGACACCAACUCGUUACAAGAAGGGGAAGGCGACCUCAGCGCCGACAGCUCGGAGAAGCGUUCCGUCAACGACUUCGCGCUGUGGAAGCGGAGUAAGGCGGGCGAGCCGUCGUGGCCGUCGCCGUGGGGGCCCGGCCGGCCCGGCUGGCACAUCGAGUGCUCGGCCAUGGCGGCCGACGUGCUCGGCGACACGCUCGACGUGCACACGGGCGGCGUCGACCUCAAGUUCCCACACCAUGACAAUGAGCUGGCUCAGAGUGAGGCAUACUUCGAUAAGCCUGGCUGGGUGAACUACUUCCUGCACACCGGUCACCUGACCAUCGCGGGCUGCAAAAUGUCCAAAUCGCUGAAGAACUUCGUGACCAUCGGCGAGGCGCUGCGCCGGCACAGCGCGCGCCAGCUGCGCCUCGCCUUCCUGCUGCACGGCUGGAAGGACACGCUCGACUACUCUAACAAUACCAUGGAGAUGGCCAUUCAAACUGAGAAGAUGUUUAAUGAAUUCUUCUUGACGGUGAAGGACGCGAUGCGCGCAGGCUACGACGAGGGCUGCGGCGGCUCGUGGCGCGCCGAGGAGCGUGAGCUGGCCGCCAAGCUGCAGGCCACCAAGGAACAAGUCCACGCUGCCCUCUGCGACAACAUCGACACGCGCGGCGCGCUGGACGCGCUGCGCUCGCUGGUGGCGGCGAGCCACGUGUUCCUGCGCCGCGCCGCGCCGCGCGCCGCGCCGCUGCUCGCCGCGGCCGCGCGCUACGUCACCGACGUGCUGCACGUCUUCGGCGCGGUCGAAGGACCCCGAGGCGGCAUCGGCUUCCCCGUCGGAGACGGCGAUAACGUCCGUCUAGAGGAAGUGGUGAUGCCAUACCUAGAAGCGCUGAGCACAUUCCGAGCGCGCGUUCGGGACGCAGCGCGAGCGGUCAAAGCCACCGAUGUACUGGCGCUGUGCGACCAGCUGCGCGACGUCGACCUGCCCGAGCUGGGCGUGCGGCUCGAGGACAAGCCCGACCGCACAGUGGUGAAGCUGGUUAGCAAAGAAGAACUGAUGCGAGAGAAGGAAGAGAAGAAGCGAGUAGAAGCAGAGAAGUUAAAGAAGAAGCAAGAACUCGCCGAAGCGCAGCGGCUCAAGGACGAGCAGCGGAAGGUCCCGCCCGGGGACAUGUUCCGCAAGGAGGCCGACAAGUACUCGCAGUUCGACGACAAGGGUCUCCCAACACACGAUCACGAAGGUAAGGAGUUGAGCAAGGGACUCGUCAAAAAGCUGCAAAAGCUGCAACAAGCCCAGGAGAAGAAAUACAACGAGUACUUAACCUCCCUCAACGCUACCAGUGGUUAGAAUCGAUUCCUUCAUACUUAAAGUGCGACGUUGUAUCCUAGAGACUGAUAUUGCAUUAUCUUUGAUGUCGUGUGUUAACAGCAAGACGUCUAGGUAUUCUAGUCAGAUUAGUUUACCUGAUGACACAUUGUUUGUACGUUUCAUGUUUCAGUCUUUGGGAUUAAACACGGGCCCGGGUAAAACCUGGUAUACGGUCAGCUGGAGGCGUGGUUUUUAGCCUAAAUGUAAUUAUGGUUUCGUAACUGGUUUGUUCAUCAGUUCUGCUUAUAAAUCUACGAAGUCUAAAAGUCAUAGCUUAUUUUUAAAGUGGACACUUCAUUGUUUGCAGCCGUGUAUGUAUGUAGUCUUAAAUUCAGUUUAGUAUGUCACAUUCCAAACAACUUUUUAAGGUACUGGCGAAUUAUUUCUGACAAUAGUAGUAGUUGUUCAGCAAUAUCAAAUAUCGUGUUAAAAUGAUGAAUGAAUAUAACGCGGCUGAAUAUGAAGUGCCUACUUAUAGUUAACGAUUUUCUUUAACUAGAACCAAGGUAUACCGGAGCGGAGUUGCCAGCGAUGGUUUGCACAAACCUGCAUUUAAUUUUCACUAUUUCAUUUUCAUAUAUUUCAUUAAUUGUCUGUAUCAGUUUAUUGUUAAGAAAAUUUAUUUAUUCUUAGUAAAUAUUAUGGCAAUGUCAAUGUGCUUUAAAACAACAAAUAAUAGGUAGUAAUGCUCGAUAUCAAAGCAAUAACUGCAAUUGCGAAGGAAAUUUAAAUUUAAAAAAUAACCUUUGAUAAAUAAAAUUAAAACAACAUCCAAUUAACGUUUUACAUUUCAUACUGUACAAUAUACCUAUACUUAAACGAAAUACCAAUAAGACCACAGAAAAUACGAUCUGAACAGUAUUACAAUCAUUGCCUAAAUAUGCAGGUAAACGAACCAGUUGAGUUUGUGUAAAUAAAAUUUUAACAACUUUUAU